AUGGUGAUGGAAAGACCAAAAGGACUUGGCUAUGCCAGGGAUAAAUGGCAUGACAGAAGGAAUCCAGCUGUGGGGUCCAGAUUAGCUCUGUUAUUCUUAUGUAACUUUUCAUAUUUCACCUUUUCCUGGAUACUCCGUUCCAGGCAUCCUAGAGGAGGAUCAUUUAUCCGGCCAAACAAGGCAAAUUUUGGAGUAGAUUUUCUUACUGCAGUAAAGGACCGGUACGGAUUGAAUGAUGAGCAAGAUGCAACAGAGAAUACACUAGUAUUUGGAAAGAAGACUGUGGAAUUUGUUGGCAUGGAUUCUAUUGUAGAACAACAAAGCCGACUGAACCAACUGGUAGAUAUCUCAGUGCGUGAGUGUGCAGUGAGCCAUGCUGGUCAGAAAGAGGAAAUCAGCAGAACAUGUGCUAAUAUCAGGCAUAUAAAUCUAUCAAAGAAUCUGAUAUCAUCUUGGGAGACAGUAACAGCUAUUGCUUCUGAAGUUCAAAAUCUGGAAACACUUAAUAUCAGUGAAAACAAAAUGCAAUUUCCAUCUACAUCAACUUCUGUAUCCAGUGUAUUUUCAAAAUUGAGGAUUCUGGCACUUAAUCAAACGAACAUAACAUGGACAGAGGUUCUUCUUUGUGCUCCAGGAUGGCCAGCACUUGAAGAAUUGUACCUUACUUCUAAUAAUAUUACAGUUUUGGAAAGGCCUGAGAAUGUCCUGCAGACUUUGAAGUUGUUAGACCUUUCAGACAACCAGUUAUUGGAUGGAAAUCAGCUGCAUCUAAUAGCACAUCUCCCCAGAUUAGAGCAGCUAAUACUUAGAAACACUGGAAUAACUUCUAUACACUUCCCUGAUGCUGGAUUUGGAUGCAAGACUAAAAUGUUUCCUUCAUUAAAACGCCUUGCAAUAAAUGACAAUAAAAUAUCACAGUGGUCAUCUGUCAAUGAGCUUGAUAAACUGCCAAGUUUGCGGUCACUGCAGUGUCACAAUAACCCUUUCAUGGACACAGAGAAGAGCCCAGAGACCCUGAGACAGCUAAUUAUUGCCAAGAUAAGUCAAUUGGAAGUUUUGAACAAGUCUGAGGUNCUGCCUGCUGAAAGAAAAGGGGCAGAGCUUGAUUAUCGCAAAAUAUUUGGAAAUGACUGGUUAGCAGCUGGUGGGAAUUGGAACCCUGAGAAAAACAAACCAAGUGAAGAAUUUCUUGCUGCCCAUCCCAGAUACCCAUCGCUUUGUCUUAAAUAUGGUGCACCUGAAGAAGGAGAACUGAAGGGACAACAGCCUUUGACCCUGAAAAAUCAGCUUCUGACUUUGACGAUUAAAUGUCCUGAGAAACCUGAACAGAAGCCAGUAGAGAAAAAGCUACCAGAGUCUAUGACUAUUCAGAGGGUCAAAGGAUUGCUGUAUCGCCUACUUAAAAUUCCUGGUUCAGAACUGAAACUGUCCUAUGAAAGUUCUAAACUGGAAGGAAGAGAAGUUGAACUAGACAAUGACUUAAAGCCUUUGCAGUUCUACUCAAUAGAAAAUGGAGACUGUGUGUUAGUACGGUGGUGA